GAGUGCUCCGUUUGCUCUCGCCUCCUCUUCCCCCCCCCCACGACUACAAGAAGCUUCAGCAGCCGCGCCGCUCACAACUCGGCAGUCAGCGGCCUCUGGCAGACGCGCACUCGCAAUCCUCCUCCCUUUACGCCUCCUCCUCCUCCUCUCUACACUCCACCCACGACUUAGCCUCCGUGUAAUAGACAGCGCCAGCCUACAAGUUAAUCGACGUAUAUUAAAGAGAGAGAGAAGAGAGGCGAGAAGCGGGCUUAGAGAGGAGACUUUCCAACGAGUUGAAAAGAAGAACUGCAGAGAAGCGAGAAGUGAAUCCACUCCACGGGCGGCAGUGCUGCCAGCGUAUCUCUCCUGCCGGACUUGGAUUCCACACCCACGCACACUCGCAGUCUUCUUCAAUCUCACAGUCAAGGUUGUGGACAGCACCGCACACGAAACAAAGAAAAACCGAAAUCCACGCAGCCAGGCGUCUGCAGCGGAAGGCCCCUGACCGGCGCGGAGGAGCAUGCGACCGCUCGCACGGCCGUAACCAACGCAAAGCGCCACUCCCCGAGACGACGACCCCAAGCCCACCCCCCCCAGAACUCCCGCAGCGACGCUCCGCGCCAUCGAGGGCAUGGCGGUGCCACCGCAGCCUCGUCAGCGGCGCCAGCAGCAGCUGCUGGUGCUGCUGCUGCUGGCGCUGACCGCGGCGCUGGUGGCCGACGGGGCGAGCGGCGCGCGCUCAGCCGCGGCGGCGGCGCCGGCGGCCGGAGGACGGGGCAAGCUUCAGCGAGACCGACGCAACAUCCGGCCGAACAUCGUGCUCAUCCUCACCGACGACCAGGACGUUGAACUAGGCUCGAUGCAAGUGAUGAACAAGACGAGGCGCAUCCUGGAGCAGGGCGGCGCCCACUUCACCAACGCGUUCGUCACCACGCCCAUGUGCUGCCCAUCGCGCUCCUCCAUCCUGACGGGGAAAUACACGCACAACCACCACGUGUACACCAACAACGAGAACUGCUCGUCGCCCUUCUGGCAGGCCACCCACGAGCCCCACACAUUCGCCGCUCACCUCGGCGGCACCGGCUACCGCACAGGCUUCUUUGGGAAGUACCUCAACGAGUACAACGGCACGUACGUGCCCCCGGGCUGGCGCGAGUGGCUCGGCCUCAUCAAGAACUCGCGCUUCUACAACUACACGCUGAGCCGCAAUGGCGUCGCCGAGAAGCACGGAUUCGUCUACGAGAAGGACUACCUCACCGACCUCAUCACCAACGACAGCAUCUCGUUCUUCCGCCGCUCCAAGCAGGAGUUCCCGCUGAGGCCCGUCCUCAUGGUGGUGAGCCACGCGGCCCCGCACGGCCCCGAGGACUCGGCGCCGCAGUACGCGGACGCGUUCCCCAACGUCACGCAGCACGUGACCCCGAGCUACAACUACGGGCCCAACCACGACAAGCACUGGUUCGUGAGCCACACGGGGCGGAUGCUGCCCAUCCACAUGGAGUUCACCAAUGUCCUCCAGCGCAAGCGGCUGCAGACGUUGCUGUCUGUUGACGACUCCGUGCAGAGGAUCUUCACCAUGCUGGAGGAGACGGGGGAGCUGGACAACACGUACAUAAUCUACACGGCCGACCACGGCUACCACCUUGGGCAGUUUGGCCUCGUCAAGGGGAAGUCUCUCCCCUACGAGUUCGACAUCCGCGUGCCCUUCUACGUGCGGGGGCCCGACGUGCAGCCUGGAGUCAGGAUCCCCCAGAUCGUGCUCAACAUCGACCUGGCGCCCACUAUGCUGGACAUCGCCGGCCUGGACGUCCCUGCCGACAUGGACGGGAAGUCGGUGCUCAAGCUGCUGCUGCCCGAUCGGCCGACGAACCGGUUCCACCCGAGCCUGAGGAAGAUGAAGUCGUGGAGGGACUCGUUCCUCAUCGAGAGAGGGAAGAUGUUCCGUGUGAAGGAUGCCAGCGGCUCUGCACACACCAACCUCCUGCCCAAGUACGAGCGCAUGCGGGAGAUCUGCCAGCGCGCCGAGUACCAGACGCCCUGCCAACAGCCCGCACAGAAGUGGCAGUGCGUGGAAGACAGCCUGGGCAAGCUGCGUCUCAACAAGUGCAAGAGCUCGCUGCCGCACGGGAGCGUGCGUCGCGCCGCGGGCGGCGGGCGGAGCGCCCUGCGGGGCAGGGGCCGCUUCGCGCAGCGAGGGGGCGGCCGCAAGAACGACGACGACGACGAUGACGUCGAGGCGGAGGGGGAGGGUGAGGAGCGGGAGGAUGGAAGCGAGUGCGUGUGCCCCGACAACACGGGGGGAGCCCUGAUCCCGCGGCUCAGCAAGGCCGAGCGGAGGAGCCAGCGCAAGUUCCUCAAGACUCACCUCACCCAGAAGUACAAGCCUCGCUUCCUGCGACCCCGAGCCGUCGAGCUCUCGGAGGAGGAGGACCAAGAACGAGAAGAAGAAGGAGAAGAAGGAGGAGUAGAAGGCGGAGACACCUCGGAGGAGGAGCUAGAGAAUCCGGGAGAUCCACCGAAUGGACCGGCUCACCUCGAUGCUGGACAGGAAGAGUCUGGCGCCCACGAAGCCGCCAGGCGGCUCUCCCGGCGGCACGCGGCACCGGGCAGGGGCGGCGGUGGCUGGCCGCAGGGCCGGGCGACGCGCGUCAAGGCCACCAAGAAGAAGGGUCUGCUGAGCCGCAAGAAGACCAUCGCGUUGUCUCCGUCGCACAAGGUCACGCGCAGGUGUUAUAUUUUCUCCAACAACACGGUGGGCUGCGAUAACGUGGUCUACUCUUCCAUCAAGGCGUGGAAGCAUCACAAGGGCAUAGUGGAGCAUCAGAUUGAAGCUCUGCAGGACAAAAUAAAGAACCUGAAGGAGGUGAAGGGACAUCUGAAAACCAAGCGCCCUGAAAAAUGUCACUGUGACAAAAAGAGUUACUUUACAAAAGGCAAACUCUUUAACGCCAAAACGCACCUCAAAGUCGACACGGAACAUCCUUUCAAGGGUCCUGAGCAGGAAGCCAAGCCCUGGCAGAGGCAGUACAACAUGGAGAAGCGCAAGAAGAAGGAGAGGAAAAUCCUGAAGCGGCUGAAAACGGGAGACAGCUGCAACUUCCCCGGGCUCACGUGCUUCACGCAAGACAGCACGCACUGGCAGACCCCGCCGUACUGGACCCUCGGCUCCUUCUGCGCGUGCACCAGCGCCAGCAACAGCACCUACUGGUGCAUGCGCACCAUGAACGAGACGCACAACACGCUCUUCUGCGAGUUCGCCACCGGCGUCGUCGAGUAUUACGACCUCAACGUUGACCGCUACCAGCUGACCAACACGGCCCGCCUGCUGCCGCAGCCCGACUUGGAGAGCUUCCAGGCGGAGCUCAAGGACCUGCGGGGCUGCCAAGGGCACAAGCAGUGCAACCCCGGGGCACACAGGGCUCUCCUGCCCUUCGACAGGAGCCCGCAGCCCAGAGCAGGAACCAUGGAAUCUCGGAGACAGAAUGAACAAGGGGACCGGACUUGGGCUGGCUGACGAACUUGCACCGAAUUGAAAGAAACUAGACGAGGAGGAGGAGGAGGAAGAAGAAGAAAUGAGAAGUUUAAAAGAGACUUGAAUUGGCCAGUACAGACCUCGCAAGUGAAGCCUGACUUGGCAAGAGGACUGCAAAACGUAAGACUUGUGCACAGAGUUGUCUGUAAAGUAUAACCCACCCCCACCCACCCCUCUGCAGACAAAAGCUGCGCGUUGCUUCGACUUAACCAUGACGCCUCUCAAUGUCUCCAUGGACCUUGCCUCCUUGCGGAGCUACCAAAAAAAAAUGAAGAGAGUGUCCGUGUAGUCUCUGACGAUGGCAACGGAGGUUCAUUUGCGUGCGACCGCUGUGCGUGCGUUGCGCCCGCCCUCUGCGGACGUUGGGAAUGGCGUCACCGUUGUGCGAGAGGUCACACGGGCACAUAUUCGCACGUGCACUGACAAAUGCAGUAUAUCCUGUAUUUACAGGGUGGCCCAAAAAGUCAGGACGCAGAGUUGGUGAUUUCAUUUAUUUUAACACUGGCAUUAAAACGUUUUAUUUUUUCUUUAAGUUAAUAUUUGUAUCUAUUAUCAUUUAUUAAUGGGGUUUUUUGUGUUCAGAUAACAUUAAGUAGAAUUAAUUUAGACAAGACAUAAUUAUAAUCUUAAAAACAAUCCUGAAAUGAUAAUAAAAUUAUUAAUGCACGCAUUAAUGUUAAUGGAAGUCCAUUUAAACGUGUAUUGAAAGUAAACCAAAUAGCCUAGGAUGUCAUUUGUUAAAAUAAACAUAACCCUACGUGUGCUGACUUUUGGGCCACCCUGUACAUACGCACACGCAGUGUGUCAGAUGGGGCCCAAUCUGUGCAUCGCUGCAGUGUCGGAACAGAAUCGGUAACGUCGACGGUUUUGUAUCAACUCUGCUCCUCUGUCUUUCACACAACGCUCCUUUUGCCGUGGGUGCGUUCAGUGCAUCUCAUUCAUGUGCUGUGAUUUCCAGUCAGAAAUCAGAAGUGGCUGUGUCGAUCCCAAUAUCUCAUACGUAAAUAAUUUGAAUUUCAUACGCCUAAAUAGGACCAUGUGCUUGACCGAGCAUAGGAUUAUUUUUCCUUUUGCAGUUUGGGAUUUUUCCUUGUUUUUGCUGUUGUUCCCAAAACCUGUUUAGUUGUGACGCACGUGCUGUGACGCACACGUGUUAUCACACGUGACCUGUUUAGUUUUUACACGCACAUUGUUUGCAAAAUCAUUUUUACAACUCAUUUUAAACGAAUGCGGAAAUAUUAAUACUUACUUAUAUUUUCCUUGUACAGUGGCUGCUCUUUCGUAAUCACACCUUUAUUUCUCAAAUUCCUGUAAAACACACACAGGGUUUUUCUUACACCACUUUCAAAUAUUAAUGUAAUUUUUCUAAUGUCCAGGAUACGAAAAAGAGCAACUUUUUUUCUUAUCACUGCACAUAUAAGUAACACUCUCACAUGUAAUAUAUUAAAUACACACACAGUUUAGCGACACUGUAUAGUGCAUACAUUGCUUGGUUUGUCUUUCUCUUGCAUACACUUUGCUGUGUUGUGUUUUUUUUUAGUCCAUCGUUGAUAUCAGAAUUCCAGACUACAUCAAUAUGACAUUACGCCUGGAGAUAUAUUCCAGGUGAGUAUCGUCAGCGUAAUAAUCUCGAUAACCCAGCUUCUGAAAUUGACCCAUUUUAGAAGUCACAUGGUCACUGUGAGUUCCCGACAACCAUUCCAAACCAUUCUGUCUAUUUUAUAGGUGAGUGCCAUGAUCCUGUCCAGGCUGCAGCUUCUUUUUACCAACCGCCUGUUAAGAUUAACACGUUGUGUUCUUGUUACUGAAGGUAACCCGCAUUUAACCUGACCAUGCAAGCAGCGGCGUGAACACGACAUUUGCAGGUCUGCACCCUUUACCUUCUAACCUUGGAUCCGGCAUCGAGGCCUCUCUACUCCGGAGGUGUGGACUGUUGCGAGUGACCAGCGCAACAGUAGUUGUAGCAACCGGACCAUACGCUCAGUGGUCAAUUUAUCAGUUUUCGAUUAACCCGAUUCCUAGUUCAGAUGCACGAAACAGAAGUACAAAGAUCCCCCUUAUAGCCUUAACCAACUGUUGGGGCAAGUGCUGUUAGCGAGCACCUAUGAAGGCCAGCGCGGCACACGGGUGGGUGGCCAGCACCACGCCUGACCGCCUUCGUCUCCCCAGUGGCGAUGUUUACACACUGCACCAGGUGUACUCAUUUGAGGCUGAGUCAACCUAGGGGAGGCCCAGGACCAGCUCAGAUAAUCGUUACUGGUGUUGACCGUGAGCGGGAAUGGAACUCGGGUCGCCGGGUUUGUAGAGCAGCGUAGCGCUAACCGCUACACCACCGCUCCCCCAAUAAACAGCAGUGUCCACCUCUUGACACACAUCAUUCCAGUGGAAAACAAGUGCAGCUUUAGAGAGAGAGGCACUGAGUUGUCAUCGUGAAUGUUAAGUACAACCUACAAUGUCUUUAGUGGCCAAGUUUUCGUAUGGUCUUCUGAGCAAAGUAACGUGUCUGCAAUGGAAUGUCGUGAUUAAAAAUAAAGUGAAUUAAAACAUUGUUACUUUUGUCGGGGUUUUAUGGGUAAUCUGAAUCAUAACGAUAUAACCUUCCAUGGCCAUACUUACAGUAUUUUCUAUUUUUUUAAAUUAAAUAUUCAAAUGUAAUGUCAAUUUGCUAACAUUUGUGUUUUGUUACUUACAAUCCCUCCUCAUUGACGUUUAUUAUUACGCAUAUACAUUGUGGAACGAUCAUACUUAGGGAUUUAGAUGAAACAGUUGAACUAAUUGUGAGGAUGUAUUAAGGAAUUAAAAGUGCAGUAUAAUUUACAAAUGUCAGUUACGAUAUUUGAUUGAAUAUGCAAAAAAAAUUCCUUUUUAUUGUUAAUACAAACUAGUUAUUGCGCAUAUAUAGGCGUCUGUGUCUGUCGUACCAGAGUGCAAUUUUCUCACAGCUUGGUUAAGAUACGGUGCCGUACGCGAUCUCUCCAACUAUGGACAAAACGCAUGCUGGAUUAGAACUCCAUUAUUUACACGUUUAAUGUCGUGCACAUUACCUUCUGCGAUGUUACAGUUUUUUUUUUUUAUAAGGUGAUAAUAGUCAUAUUUAAUGCACCUCUGCAAAGUUUAUUGGAAUGAGCUGAUGAUUUAUAUAUAUGUACAGGACAUUAUGCUUCGAUUCUGUUGUUCUCUAGAGAUUUCUGUAUUUGCAUCUGAGAUGUACGUUCCUAUUGUGUCAUGCAUUAUUCAUUAUUACACUGUCAUCUGGUCUUAAUAAAUAAACGAACAAUACAAACAAAA